AGUGUUUAAAUAGUUUCUCUGUUUAGUUUUGUAAAUGUCAUCUGUUGAAAGAAGUUCGUGGUUUAUUCCAGCGAGUGUUUGGAGGCGGAGUGACUCACUGACAUUCAUUCAUUCAUCAUAUAAAAGCCACUGAAGAUCGGAAGGAUUCACUCACUCUGACUGUCACAGUAUUGAUCGAUCUGCGUGACAUUAUUGAUCAUGAAUACUGUGAAGGCGCUGAAGAACGCGGUGGUGUGUUUGCUGAUUUUACCGCGUUUCCUCGUCGCAGCGCUCAUGUUGUGGUGUCUUGAUUUUCUGUGCGUGAGGAAGAGAGUUUUAUUUCAUCUGAAGGAUCAUUGUAAAGAGGAAGAAGAAGAAGAAGAAGAUGAAGAAGAAGAUGAUGAUGACCCUCCGCUGUGCAUCUCCGAUAAUAAUCGCAUGUUCAGCUGGGAGUCUCUCAAAGCGGUCUUCCACGGACACAAACUGGACUGGAUGAAAUCCGCUGAUCUCGGGCUCGAUGCGCCGAAUAGUGAAGUAGUUCAGCUCGCCGACUUGAAGCCCAAACGGAUCUUUGACUUCGUCCGGGACAACAGGCCGCUGGUGCUGAAUUUCGGCAGUUGCAGCUGACCCCCGUUCAUGAAGCGUCUCCGGGCGUUCCGGCGACUCGUCCUUCAGUAUUCGGACAUCGCCGAUUCUCUGCUGGUUUACAUCGAGGAGGCGCAUCCGUCAGACGGAUGGAUCAGUUCCGACGCUCCGUAUCAGAUCCGCAAACACCGGAGUGUGGAGGAGCGAGUGCUCGCGGCGCGGCUGAUGGAGCAGAAGGUGCCGGGAUGCGUGAUCGUGGCGGACAGUAUGGAGAACUCGUCCAACAGCGCGUACGGAGCGUUCUUCGACAGACUUUAUAUCGUUCAGGACGGGAAGGUGGUUUAUCAGGGCGGCAGAGGACCGGAGAGUUACCGGAUCUCUGAGAUCAGACUCUGGCUCCAUCAGUACCGAAAGCGUCUUCUCGACACUGCCGUGAUUCAAGUGUAAAUCUUCUCUUCACAACUUCAUGUGACAGUGUUCCUCUCGUGUUACAUGUGUUUACACAGAUUAAACUAUAGAUUAUUAUUAUUAUUAUUAUUGGAAUAUUCUCUUGACCUCCCGUAUUUUUUGUGAAGGUCGAUUUGUAAAAGGUUCACAACCAGAAAAUCGACACUGAUGUGUGAAUACAGGAGAAUCACUCUGUAAAUGUGCUCCUUUUUAUUAAAGUCAUUUUGAGGCUUGUGGAAGAAGUCUUAUUCAGAUAAAGGAUUAUGGAUUUACUUUUGCUUUGGGUUUUCAGUUGACAUCUCAGUACAAACACUUUAUUUGACAAAUGCUUCAUAUUUGUAAUAAAUACGCCAAUUAUUUUAAUUAUUAUUUAAUAUUUUUUAUUAAUAACUUAAGUCGUAAAACACAAUUAAAACAAAACACUGACGGCAAUACUGUCAUUCAACUGUAAAGAUUUGCUAGAGCUCGUGUUUCAAUGUGAAUAAAGGUCUGAUUUUAUAUUUCAAAUGUUCUGUCAGUUAUCUGUUAAUAAUGACUGUUUUCCUUUUAUAAAUCUGUGAACUAAAACACUUAAAGACUGAAUUACAGCUGCAAUAUUAGAUGUUUAUAGAGCUGCACAUUUAUCGGUCAUUUAAACCUGUUAAUCACCUGCAGUGAAGAGUAUUUCAACAUGUUAAACACAGAGCACUGUUAAUCUAUUAUCAGUAAUAAAUCACACUAGCAUUACUUAUUGUUGAUGACUGAUAAGAUAUUUCAUAUAUCUUCAGCUAUACCAAC